AUGUCCUACUUCACCGAGCACUUCUGGGGCGAGAAGAACCACGGCUUCGACGUGCUCUACCACAACAUGAAGCACGGGCAGAUCUCCACCAAGGAGCUGGCCGACUUCGUCCGCGAGAGGGCUGCCAUCGAGGAGAACUACGCCAAGGCUAUGGUGAAGCUGUCUAAGAUGGCCACCAACGGCACCCAGCUGGGGACCUUCGCGCCGCUCUGGGAGGUUUUCCGCAUCUCCUCGGACAAGCUGGCCCUGUGCCACCUGGAGCUGAUGAAGAAGCUGCACGACCUCAUCAAGGAGAUCUCGCGCUACGGCGAGGAGCAAGGCCGGGUGCACAAGAAGUCGAAGGAGGAGGUGUCGGGGACGCUGGAGGCCGUCCAGCUGCUGCACGGGGUGGCCCAGCUGUUGCCCAAGUCCAAGGAGAGCUACCACAGCAAGUGCCAGGAGUACGAGCGGCUCCGCAAGGAGGGCACCAGCCAGAAGGAGAUCGACAAGGCGGAGCUCAAGUCCAAGAAGGCGGGCGAGGCGCUGCGGCGGGCGGUGGAGAAGUACAACGCUGCCCGGGCUGACUUCGAGCAGAGGAUGCUGGAUUCGGCCGUGCGCUUCCAGGAGGUGGAAGAAGCCCACCUACGCCACAUGAAGGGUCUCAUCGGCUCCUACUCGCACUCCGUGGAGGACACCCACGUCCAGAUUGGGCAGGUGCAUGAAGAAUUCAAGCAAAACGUGGAGAACAUCGGCACCGAGAUGCUGCUGCGGAGGUUUGCCGAGAGCAAGGGCACGGGGCGAGAGCGGCCAGGAGCGUUGGAUUUCGAUGAGUACCGGCUGGCCCCAGCGCAGGAAGGACCCAAGAGGAGCCGUAGCAAAGCUUUCCGCAUCCCUGGGUUGAGCCGUAAGGAGAGGGAUCGUGACGCUGUGGAAUCCCCAGAUGCCGAGGUGGGCUGCCCGGAGGUGGAUGAGGACGGGUUCACCGUGCGCCCUGACGUCACCCGCACCGAGGCGGAGAACCACAUCUGCUCCUCCAGCGACUCCGACUACGACGACGAUGAGCCCCGCAAGUUUUACGUCCACAUCAAGCCGGUGCAGCCCCGGGAGGCGGGCGGCAGCGCCGAGGCCACCGUGGAGCAGCUCAAGGCCACCGCGGGGAACCUCAUCCUGCCCCCCAGCUUUGGGGGCACGGUCAAGCGACAGUCGUCCCGGCACGUGGCAUCUCUGACCCCGGCCCCGAGUGAUGCGGACCAGGAGGGAACGCUGGCGGCAGGUGAGGCUGUGCUGGGGGGUUCCUGGAUGCGGGGGGGUCCCGGGGAUGCGGGGUGCAGUGGCUCUGCAACCCCCGGCAUGUCCCCUCUCCCCGCAGGUGACGGUGCAGGGAGGGGGCGCCCGGCGGCGCAGGUGAACAGCGGCCCCGGGAAAGCCCCUCCGGAUGCGGUGCCCCCCGCCGCUCUCUUCGGGCCCCCGCUGGAGUCGGCUUUCGAAGCGGAGGAUUUCCCAGCCCCCCGCGCCUACGUCCUCACCUCCUCCUCCUCCCCCUUCUCCUCCUCCUCCCCGGAGAACGUGGAGGACUCGGGUUUGGACUCACCCUCGCACCCCGCACCCGGACCCUCCCCGGACUCGAGACCCUGGACCCCGCAGCCAGGGACACCGCAGAGCCCCCUCCCAAAGCGGGGUGGCCUGCCGGACCCUCCGCCGCCACCACCACCCGCCACCCGGGAGCCCGGUGCCUGGGUGUCGCGGCCCCGCAGCCCUGCCGGCCGCCUCCCCGAGCCCCCCGGCUUUGCCAUCUUCAGCGGCCCCGGGGCCGAGGGGCUCUGGGAGGACGCGGGGACGGCGCCCCGGGGACGCAGCCGCUGCCCCAGCGGCCCGGCGCCCCGAGAAGCCCCCUCGCCCGACCCUUUUGGGGAGCCCCCGCCAUGGGUCAGACCCCGCAGCCCCGCUGGGGACCAGCCCCCGCUGCCCUGUCCUUCCUCCAACUCGGCCUCCUCCUCCUCCUCCUCCCCGGCCCCCCCCAGCGGGGGGGAGUCCUCCAGCCCCUCUCCAUGGACCUGCCAAGGGUCGGGGACGAGGCUGACUGAGGACGGCACACCGGCGGCUCCCCUGCCGCAGCCUGAGCCGGAUGCUCUCCCCACCCGGCCCAGCGCGGCCCCCCGGGAGGUCCCGCUCGUGGCACCCCCUCGCCGCUCCCGCACGAAGAGGCCGGCGGCCGGACCGGCUGCAGGCAGCAACACCGACCUGUCGCGCUCGCUGAGCCCCUCGCCCUCCUGGAGCUGCGGCCCCUCGCACUCGGCGCCUGCCAGCCUGGGCGAGCGGGGCUUCUUCGCCGUCUCCCAGCCGGCGCUCGGGCUGUCGCGGGGUCCCAGCCCCGUGGUGCUGGGCUCGCAGGAUGCGCUCCCCGUGGCCACCGCCUUCACUGAGUACGUCCACGCGUACUUCAAGGGGCACGACGCUGACAGCUGCCUGGUGAAGGUGACGGGGGAGCUCACCAUGUCCUUCCCCGCCGGCAUCGUCCGCGUCUUCAGCGGGAGCAUGGCCCCCCCCGUGCUCAGCUUCCGCCUGCUCAACGCGGGCGCCAUCGAGCAGUUCCUGCCCAACGCCGAGCUGCUCUACAGCGACCCGUCCCAGAGCGACCCCAGCACCAAGGACUUCUGGCUGAACAUGGCAGCGCUGACCGGGCACCUGCAGAAGCAAGCGGAGCAGAGUCCGGCCGCCUCCUACUACAACGUGGCUCUGCUCAAGUACCAGUUCUCACGGCUGGGCCCCGGCUCGGCGCCGCUGCGGCUGUGUGUGCGCUGGGACUGCUCGCCGGGCGCCACGCGGGUCAGCGUCGAGUACGGCUACAACGCCGGCGCCCUGGCCCUGCCCGUGCCCCUCGCCAACGUCCACGUCCUGCUGCCCGUGGACGAGCCCGUCACCAACCUGCGGCUGCAGCCCGCGGCCAGCUGGAACCUGGAGGAGAAGAGGCUGCUCUGGAGGCUGCUGGACGUCCCCGGUGCCCCGGGACAGGGAGGCUGCGGCCGGCUCUCGGCCAGCUGGGAGCCCCUCUGCGGGCCCAGCAAGCCCAGCCCCGUGGCAGCCCAGUUCAGCAGCGAGGGCAGUACGCUCUCGGGUGUCGAGGUGGAGCUGGCGAGUGCCGGGUACCGCAUGUCGCUGGUCAAGAAGAGGUUUGCUACAGGGAUCUACCUGGCGGGGUCCUGA